CCCAGAGACGGAGUAACGAUUUCUCCCUUGCUUUACUUCUUCUCACCUUUGUAUUCUUUGGUUCUAGUAUUCUUUCAAACAGGUUAUUCAGGCAGGUGUUACUUUUAAGCGCUCAUCGUGAUUUACUACUAAUUUUAAGGGGCGAGGGUAGAGCUGACCAUUCAUUUCAUAUCUUGAAGGCAAUACAUUUCUUCCAAGAAUCGAACACACUGACUAUGUCAAACUAAAGUCAUAUUUCCAUUCAUGUGGUUCAAAUAAUAAUAAACGAGUUUCUUAAAACUUGAAAUACGGGUAUCCAGUCAUCUGAUGGUUUCUUUCAAGAAGUAAAAAUUUGUAGCAAUUAUAAAAGUAGUUCCAAAUUGAAAUUUCAAAGCCUGUUUAAAAUUUUUUUCCUUUGAACAUUUAUUUGUAUAAUGGCUACCACAAGCGUGGACUAUAGCGAUUUCUUGCUUGUUUUCAAAGCUUUACAACUGAAAGAAAAUGAACCAAAUGGAAUGAUUUGCCUUUGCGGGCUUGAAAAAGAGGAUACUGCUUUUUCAAAAGAUAACGAAGAUAUUAGAAAAAUUAAUCGUCUUGUAAGUAGUUUAGGAUUACGAGGGUCUUUUAGGGAUGAUUCUUUUCAAAUAGAAACUAUAAUGGUACCAGCAAGGAGUGAUUAUCCUUCAUCAACUAAAGGGGAAAAGUUGUUUUCGAACGAAAAGAUUAAAUUGCAAAAGAUUUUUAGAGCUAUGUCACCUUACAAGCGAUUAGUUUGGUGUGGCCGCCUUCUAAUUGAAUUCCACGAAGAAAACCAAUGCUGUCGGUAUUUAUCGUCUGCUCUGAAGUUUUAUGUAAAAGCGAUUGAAAACGUGAAUAGCGCUCGACUUUACAAUAGCCUUCCUGUUGAUAUGAAAAUUCAAGAACUUUUAAGGCUUUCAACUAAAUUUCGCGUUCACCAGAGUGUAUUCCUCGAACUGUUGAGAUUGUUAAGCACACCUGGAUAUUAUCGUAGAUCGGUUCGGACUAUCGAUGAUGUUUCAUUGUUAGAAGAUAUAUUUAGAGCAACAAACGACCGUAAAAUAGAUAUAUUUGUAUUAUGGAAAAAAUUUGACAGCAGAUCUUACCAUUCAUUUUAUUGUUUUAUAUAUGAAAAAAUUGAAACUUUUACUCCAUUAAUAAAAUUUGGAAAGACAGAGUGCAUAUCUAUAGAGAGUGGUGGAUAUUUGAUGGAAUCAUGGAGCGGAAACCGAAAUUUUGUUAAUUUAUUCAAUUUGAUUUAUGCAUACGCCAAGAAGUAGUAGACUAAAAGUUGCUGCAGACUUGUAAAUUCAACUGCUUUACAUAAAAUCUAAUUUUAAGACUGGUAUAG